AUGAAGCCUCGUCGUUCUAUUCGUUCCAAGUCGGUCCCGACGGACCAGAGUCCUAAAAAGUCGUUUCUUACAAACAUCAGUCGUCGAUUCUCGCUCAGUGCUAUUCGUCGUCCCAGCUCGCAGCGACUAUCUGAUGACGAAGAUCGAGUGAUUCAGGAACAGCCACAAGCAGCUUUCCAAGAGCCUGAAUCUCCUCCAACUACAGCCUCCCGUAUCUCCCGUCGAGCCUCCCGCUUCUGGUCCGCCUCCUCAGCCAACUACUUUGAAGACAACACUCCAGCCCAAGCCUCCUCUCCACCAGGAUACGAGGGUGCAGCCUAUGUACCACGUCAUGCGGCGGCAGACUUUUCCAAGACAGCCUCCAACAGGUUAACUGUAAUGGUGGAAGCCGACGAGACGACGCUCUGUUCAUUCAACUGCUCACCCAGCGGGAACCGGAUCACGGCUGUCGAGGAUGAUGAGCAGUCUGAAGAGGGGGCUUCACACCAUCGCCAGCAAGCUCUCGCCGCACUGACGGCCCGUUCACGCAGCAUCGCAGCCAGCAGCGACGGCGAUCGUGACGGAAACAAUGAUUACACAGUCUUCCUAGAGCAGGCGGCCGCGGAUCAGGAAACCAGGGCACGAAGGUCAGCGGCUGCUUGGGCUGAGCUGGAACACAGGACGACACACAUCAGCCAUAGGACGAGCGGGGCCGAUCCGCUCAUUACCAGGCAGAGUCGAGGGCAGAGUGCCUAUCUGGGUGUACACGGGAGUGUGUCUGGGUCUUCACGGCCAGUGAGCUCCAUCGCGAUAAGUAUCGCCGAGUAUAUCAGGCCUUCACAUGUUGGGAGAGCUUGGUAA